GGCUUUGCAGUUCCCCGGCAAUCUGCGUUGAGGGGAACACUGUUUACGCUGCAAGCGACAGCGUGUACCACGGCUGAAGCAAAACUUCCAACAAGCCUAGCUUAUGGGAGCGGGGGGGGGGAGUCAAAUAAUUAUUAGGAAAAAUAAUAAACGCAACUGGACACGCGGCCGCCAGUAAUGAAGGAAUCAAAAAAAAGAUAGGACUAACGCGAAACAGCGAGAGUCGGCCAGCUGGGAGAGUGUGAAAGGAAAAGUGGGGUUGGAGGAGUGAGUGACGUUAUCUGCUGGGAGAGGGAGCGAGCGAGAGAGAGAGAGGGAGGGAGAAAAGGAGAGACCAGGACUCCAUUAGCAGAGCCCAGAGCAGGCAGUUUGGGAUACUUCGCUUGGACGAGUUCUUUGUGUUUUUCUACUGAGCAAACGCACGUGAGACAAAGAAAGAGACUUCAGGAAAGAAAUAAUAAAUUUAAGUUGGUACUGCGGCGUCGGGUUGGUUGGAUUUGUGAAGUUAUCUUGGAAGGAUGGCGCUGGAUGGCAUACGAAUGCCGGAUGGCUGCUACGCGGACGGGACCUGGGAGCUGAAGAUGCAUGUGACCGAUCUUCAUCGGGAUGUCUCCCUGAGGGUCACCGGGGAGAUCCACAUCGGCGGGGUCAUGCUGAAACUCGUGGAGAAACUCGAUGUGAAGAAGGACUGGUCAGACCACGCCCUGUGGUGGGAGAAAAAGAAGACUUGGCUUUUGAAGACCCACUGGACGUUGGACAAGUAUGGGAUCCAGGCGGACGCGCGGCUGCUCUUCACCCCCCAGCACAAGAUCCUGCGCCUUCAGCUCCCCAACAUGAAGCACAUGAAGGUCAAGGUCAACUUCUCCGACCGAGUCUUCAAGGCCGUGUCUGACAUUUGCAAGACCUUCAAUAUUCGCCAUCCCGAAGAGCUGUCUCUCCUCCGGAAACCAAGGGACCCGAAAAAGAAGAAGAAAAAGCUGGAUGACGCUGAAGAGGAUACACUAGAGUUGGAGGGGCCACUCAUAACUCCAGGAUCAGCUUCUGAGGUUAUAUACAUCGGUCCUGUCAAAGGGAGCAUCUACUCUAGCCCUGGACUUUACAGUAAGACUAUGACGCCCACCUAUGACUCUCGAGAUGGGAGCCCACUUUCCCCUACCUCUGCCUGGUUUGGAGACAGCCCUCUGUCCGAGGGCAAUCCCAGCAUCCUUGCUGUCAGCCAGCCCAUCUCUUCACCUGAAGUCCUUGCCAAGCUUUACAAGCCUCAGAGCCUCCUGGACAAGGCAAAGAUUAACCAGGGGUGGCUGGACUCGUCCAGGUCUCUGAUGGAACAAGACGUGAAAGAAAAUGAGGUGCUGCUCCUUCGGUUCAAAUAUCACAGUUUCUUUGACCUCAAUCCCAAGUAUGAUGCUAUCCGUGUGAACCAGCUCUAUGAGCAAGCCAAGUGGGCUAUUCUACUGGAGGAAAUAGAGUGCACUGAGGAGGAGAUGAUGAUGUUUGCUGCCUUGCAGUACCACAUCAAUAAGCUGUCCAUCAUGUCUUCAGACAAUCAUAUGAACAACAGCGAGAAAGAAGUAGACGAGGUUGACGCAGCCCUGUCUGACCUGGAGAUUACACUUGAAGGGGGAAAGACCUCUAACACACUGGGAGAUAUCACGUCUAUUCCUGAACUUGCUGAUUAUGUCAAAGUUUUCAAACCAAAGAAGCUGACACUAAAAGGCUAUAAACAGUACUGGUGCACUUUUAAGGACAUUACAAUUUCCUGUUAUAAGAGCAGGGAGGAGGCUCAUGGGACACCAGCACACCAAAUGAAUCUAAGAGGUUGUGAGGUGACACCAGAUGUCAACAUCUCUGGACAGAAGUUCAACAUCAAGCUGCUGAUCCCUGUGGCUGACGGCAUGAAUGAGAUUUGGCUGCGCUGUGACAAUGAAAAGCAGUAUGCCAGCUGGAUGGCAGCUUGCCGACUGGCAUCUAAAGGGAAGACGAUGGCAGACAGCUCUUACAAUCUGGAGGUCCAGAACAUCCUGUCCUUCCUCAAGAUGCAGCAUAUGAAUCCUGACCCUCAGAUGAUUGCUGAACCAAUCAACACUGACAUCAAUCCAGAGUGCCUGGUGUCGCCACGCUAUCUCAAGAAGUACAAGAACAAGCAGCCAGGCUAUAUAAGGGACUUGAUAUCUGCCAGGAUCCUGGAGGCUCACCAGAAUGUUGCCCAGAUGAGCCUCAUUGAAGCCAAAAUGAGAUUCAUCCAAGCCUGGCAGUCGCUUCCCGAAUUUGGCAUUACGCACUUCCUUGCUAAGUUCCAGGGUGGGAAGAGAGAGGAGCUGAUAGGAAUUACCUACAACAGGCUGAUCCGCAUGGAUGCGAGCACGGGAGAUGCCAUCAAGACUUGGCGAUUCAGCAACAUGAAGCAGUGGAACGUUAACUGGGAGAUAAAAAUGGUGACGGUGGAGUUUGCGGAUGAGCCUAGCCUCUCUUUCAUCUGCACGGAGGUGGACUGCAAGGUCGUGCACGAGUUCAUCGGUGGGUACAUCUUCCUCUCGACGCGUGCCAAGGAUCAGAACGAGAGCCUGGAUGAGGAGAUGUUCUACAAGCUCACCAGCGGAUGGGUCUGAUCCAGGAGGGUUAAGGGAAGAGGAGCAGGGUGGAAGUGGAAGUGGGGUUCUACCGUGCGAAGGAUCCGGCAUGGUUGGGCCAUUCACUUCAAAAUGAAGCCAUUGCGUUAACUUGACAUGUAUUUAAACACUAAUCAUACUCUGUCACAGUCCAGAUGAACAGAUGACAGCUGGGAAUACUCAGACCUCCCAUGGUUUCAGUAGCAGGUGCAGUGAUUGACCAACAGGUGGAGCCUGCUGUUGAAAAUAAAAUAGCCUCUCGCCAGCUCUCGGCAAAGCUUCUGCUGUGUGACACGUCGGAGAACUGUUAACUCUUGUGUGCUCCAGAAUUGUCAUCGUUUUUUGAUUCGCAGUUCUUUGAUUUGCAGGACAGUUUAAUUUGAUUUGCAACCAUUAUAUAAUUACAUUUAUUUGCCCAAAUGACAGAUUAAUACAGAGAAAUGUUGCCAGUACCCAUCUCACUGUUCUUAUAUCUUUAUAUAGCCAGAAAUUAACCAGUCCCUGCUAGUUAAAGAUAUCUUUUUGGCUGUGUUUUUGUUUUGUUAGUGCUUUUUAUACUGCCUGUAUAAAGUAACUACACAUGUCCAGUUAAAUUGUUGAAUCUUUCCAGGUUAUGUUUUAAUGUCUGCAUUGAUUUAUGGCAGCAAAAAUUCCUCUCUCUCCAGGCCAUUGUUCCUGCACUUGAGGCUUUUCUCCCUAUCCUCUUUUUAAGCUCUAAACUCAUUCUGUUUAGGUCAAAAACAUACUAAAACUAUUUAACAAUUUUAAUAUUCAUUGGGAUUAGUUGAAAUUGACAACUGUAGCUUGGAAUCUAUGGGCUUAAAACCCCAUUGUAGCAGUUCGAAUUGAAAAACAUCACUACCACAUUUUCCAGGCCUUUGUCACAGUGGAUCUUGGAAAGAGGAGUAUUCUAAGAAUGUGAGCUAUAAACAUCAGAGUUCUUUAUUUAGCUUCACAGUUGCUCUGCUACAGCUCAGUAGAGAUUCUAGCCUUUUAAAUAGCUUUUUUUAAUCCACCCCUGCCCUUUAAUGAAUGACCAGACCUUUCUGUGUACCUGCAAACAUCAGCCUAACUUUGGAGAUGAUGGUAUGAGUGGACCUGAGUCACCAGUUAUUCCCGAACACAACAAUGUUACUGAUGUUUGUCAGAACAACUACAAUUCCAGUUUGUCCAUUCCAUCAAGCUUCUGUGACCUCAGCUGAACUUGUCUUGUUUUCCUCUUUCCUUCCCCUAAUGGUUUUUCACUAAGCAUGUAAAAAUCUGCAUGACUUUGGAUCUCUAGGACAGUGAUUACUUACCAUAUCCACCAGGCAUCGUCCCUGAUGUCCUCCUAGAGAAGAUGCCAAAGGUCUCCAGUGGUGGUCUGAGAGAUUUAUGGUUCAGAUGCUUCCCCAGUUGUGUGUUCUAAGCGGCUGUUACUACAAAUAUUAGAGCAUUGCUCAAACUGGAUUGUGAAGGGUUUCUCUUUUUGUUUAAGCUCGUUGACCUAUUAAUUUUUCCUAGCCAUACUUAUUUUACACCGUAUAGUAUUAUGCAACAUCAUUGUAUUACUCACCAGCAGUGUCACCAGUUUUAAGAAGAAAUAUGCAAAGUCCAUUUUAUUCUCUAUAUGAAGGAACGCUAAAUGAAGUAUUCGUUUUGUGUAACUAAUGUAAAAACACAAGUUUUAUAUAAUUGUACAGUCUUUUUUUGAAGUAUAGUUUCACAGAGGACAAGAGUAGCCUUUGGUUUUGUGUAAUAUGAAGUUCUGUGCCUGCCAAUGUUAAGGUCUUAUGAAGUUUUUUUUUUUAAAGUAUAUAUAAAUAUAUUAAAAUGCUGGUCUCAAACUCCAGGUCUAGAUAUUUCCCCAUAUUUUUAUAAUAACUUUUUUAUGUAGGGUAUCUGUAUUUAUCUUUGCAUUCUGGAACUGGCACCUACUCUUCCAUUACUCUUCGAGAUCGUAGUAUGUCAGGCUUCAUUGUAUGCAUGUCUUGCAUUUGGCUCUCAAAUUGUAUAAUUCCUCCUCACACACUCUUGUUCCUAACUAAGUGUUUUAAAUUGAGAAAAGCUUCUCCUUUUGUUCAAACACUCUUGCCUUAUUCUCUGACAGUUCAUUGUUUUUUCAUAGCACCAUUGGGUAGCAUUUUUUUUUUAUUGGAAGCUGUAUGCUCACCAGAAUACAAAAGCAUGAAGGAGCUUUUUUGUUUAUCCCUGGAGUUUGAGACUUCAUGCCAUAGAAUGAAGUAAAAAAAUUGCAAGCUUUGCCUCUUUAGUGUUUUCCUCUUUAUAACCCAUUAGUUUUGUGCCUUGGAUGUUCAGGACGGUAAGGCAUGGCCUGUUUUUAGACUGUAAAAAUGCAUUAUUUUAAAAAAUAAAAAAUAAUUUUUAUUUAUGUUUUAGGUGCUUUAUUUUUGAGAUGCAGAAAUACAGUAUUAAGCUUUUGUGGUGUCUUAACAUGGCACUAAUCUUACCAAGGCAGUCUCCUUUGAAUAUUACGGGUGAUCGAGCCAUAGACAGUAUUAGUCUGCCAAGAGAAUCCCUGAAAUCGACAUUCAUUUUUUUUCAAUGUGGUUUGUUGCUAUGGAAUAAUUUGACAAUAAAAUUAAAUUGGUUAUUGAA